UAUUUCGCUCUCGUCUCGCGUCUCGCGUCUCGCUCUCCGGUGACACCUCCUCCCUGCGUUCUCUCUGUCGUCGCUGGCGUCCGCCGCUGGAGUUUCGUUCCGGCGACUCGUACUUGUUCUCCGCCGCUUUCGUGGUGGGUUUGUCUUCUCCACCACCGUCUGAUUCAGUUCUCCGUCAAAGUUCACACUUUCUCAUUCCAUAUCUCGUACGCUGGUCUCGAGAACAGGUCCUCCGCCGAGCUGUGAUGAUGCUUCUCCGCAGUCCAGAGACAAUCUGCCUCCGAUCAAUCCUGAAUACUCGUCUCAUCUCCUCCGACUCGGAAUCCCUCCUGCGGCACUACACUGUGACGCCGCCGAUCAAACCAUGGCCGCGAAGAUUAUACCCGAAGCGGCUGAUCUCCAUGAUUGUCCAACAGCAGAACAUUGAUCUCGCCCUCCAGAUGUUCCUUUACGCAGGCAAAUUCCAUCCAGGAUUUUCACAUAAUUACGACACCUACCACUCCAUCAUCUUCAAGCUCUCCCGUGCUCGUGCUUUCGAACCUGUGGAGCCCCUGCUUGCCGAUCUCUGGAACUCUGACCCAGCAAUCAAAUGCGGUGAAAAUCUUUUCAUCGACUUGCUUCGGAACUACGGGCUUGCAGGUCGUCCAGAAUCAGCCAUGAAGACCUUCCUUCGGAUACCCGAUUUCGGAGUUCAGCGUUCUGUUAGGUCGCUGAACACACUGUUGAACGUUCUGAUCCAGAACAAGAGAUUUGAUCUCGUCCAUGCCGUAUUCAAGAGCAGCAAAGAGAAGUUCAACAUCACACCAAACAUCUUUACUUGCAAUCUGCUGGUCAAAGCUCUUUGCAAGAAAAAUGACAUCGAAGGUGCAUAUAAGGUGCUCGAUGAAAUCCCCGCAAUGGGUCUGGUGCCCAAUUUGGUUACUUACACUACAAUCUUAGGUGGGUAUGUUGCUAGAGGCGAUAUGGUAUCGGCCAAGAGGGUUCUCAGAGAGAUAUUGGAUCGUGGCUGGGAACCCGAUGCCACGACAUACACAGUUCUAAUGGAUGGUUACUGUAAAUUAGGGAGAUUCUCUGAUGCGGCGAAAGUGAUGGAUGAGAUGGAAGAAAACGAGAUCGAGCCCAAUGAAGUAACAUAUGGAGUUAUGAUCGAGGGUCUUUGCAAGGAGAAGAAAUCCGGCGAAGCAUGUGACAUGUUUGAUGAGAUGCUCGAGAAAGGUUUCAUGCCAAGCUCUUCCCUCUCUUGUAAAGUUAUAGACGUGCUUUGUGAAGACCGCAAGGUGGAUGAAGCUUGUCGGCUAUGGCGGAAAAUGUUGAAGAAGGAUUGUAUGCCCGAUAACAAUAUCGUGAGCACGCUCGUUCAUUGGCUGUGUAAAGAAGGGCAUGUUUGGGAAGCGAGAAAAUUGUUCGAUGAGUUCGAGAAAGGCUCGAUCCCUAGUCUUUUGGCGUACAACACGUUGAUCGCGGGAAUGUGCGAGAAGGGCGACCUGACGGAGGCGAGUAGGCUAUGGGACGACAUGGUGGACAAGAAGUGUGAACCCAACGCUUUUACGUACAACGUGUUGAUCAAAGGUUUAUGUAAGAGCGGGAACGCGAGAGAAGGGAUCAGGGUUUUAGAGGAGAUGCUUGACAAAGGUUGCUUCCCUAACAAGCAAACGUUCUGUACUUUGUUCGAGGGGUUGCGAGGGGUGGGGAAACAUGAGGAUGAGGUUAAGGUUGUCUCCAUGGCGGUUUUGAGCGGGAAAAUCGAUAAAGAGAUUUGGGAAUUUUUCAUGUUGAGAUUUUGUGGUGAAUUAGAUAAUGGAGUGUCGGUUCUUGUAAAAGAAGUGUUAGACUUCGGUAAUUUUAUACAUAAUACAGUUGUAUAAUAAUGUUCGUUUUGUUUUAA